CUCCACUAUGGUCACCAUGAGUUCCGCUGUACGAAGAACGUUUGCACUUUUAACGACCAUGUUAGUGUUUAGUGAAACUUAUCAACGCGAGAUAGGGAAUCGGAAUCUCCCGGGGCUGGCCGGUUCCAGUGACGUCGAGCUUCUGCAGCAGUCUAACGAUUUCGCAAUCCAGUUGUACAAACAAGUGAGCGCUCAAGCGGGGGGAGAAAAUGUGGUGCUUUCUCCGUUUUCAAUCGCCGCUUCGCUGUCACUGGCCGCGAUGGGCGCUGGCGGAUUAACGGCUGAAGAAAUGUUUGGUGGAUUGCGUUAUGGAAAGGCCGAUCGCAAAGAGCAGGUUGCCGAUUGGUACGGACGACUCAUGAGGCAGUUGGCAAAUGAUAGUUCUAUCGCCGUAGCGAACACGUUGUACGUGAAAGAAGGAUACAAUGUUAAACGAUCCUUCCAUGAUGUGGCCACUGGCAGCUUCCAGUCGGAGGUCCAUGAGCUUAAUUUUGCGCAGAACGAAGCAGCUGCAAAAACGAUCAACAAUUGGGUGGAAAAGCAGACGAGCAACAAAAUCAAGGAUCUUAUCGCACCCGAUAUGCUGGAUGAGUUUACCCGUAUGGUGUUAGUCAAUGCAGUACAUUUUAAAGGCACAUGGAAGUAUCAGUUCAACGCGACCAACACCCGCCCGAUGCAAUUUUGGAUCAGUGAUACAAAGUCACAAGACAUUCCGAUGAUGUUCGUUAGGGAGGAAUUUGCAUACAAAGACUUUUGGGACAAAAGGUUCUCCGCUCUGGAGCUUAGCUACAGUGGCAGUGACGCGACGAUGUUGGUGUUGUUGCCCAUCGAACGCAAUGGAUUGGCAGCGUUGGAAGAGAUACUUCCUAAUCUUAACCUAGUCGAGCUACGGAACCAACUGUGGAAGGGUGAACUGGAAGUAUAUCUCCCGAAAUUCAAAAUCGAAUUCUCUCUUGAGCUUGAAGAUGUUUUAACAACGCUUGGCAUGGGUCGAAUGUUCAGUAAUGCAGCAGAGUUUCCUGAUUUGCUGGAGUCAAACGAACCUCUGAAAAUUUCGAAGGCGAUCCAUAAAGCCUUUAUCGAGGUCCAUGAGGAGGGUACUGAGGCAGCAGCAGCUACGGCAAUAGAAACUUUUAGAAUAUCCGGACCUUCGAUGUUCAUGGCAGAUCACCCUUUUAUAUAUGCUUUGUUGUCAAAGGAUGGAGUAGUACAUUUCAUAGGAAAAGUGACUAACCCAGCAUAAAGCACCAAUUCUUCUGUUCGCUGAGGAUGUGAAUGUUUAUCCACCGUCCCAACGAUAUUCCAUUAGUGUGAAUAAAUACUUAUCCAUAAACUUUUCGGCAGUUAUCCAAAAACAUGAGAAAAAUAAUAAAAAGCCAGUGAUCGAUCUUCUUCUUGUUCCUCUUUAUCUCUAUUCAACUUCGUACAUCGGCUCGCCAUAUUUGAAACCAUCUUUAUUUAACACAUAUUAGAUCACUUAUUUUUGGGAAUUUUGUUGACAGCUCUUACAUCAUCUGGUCAA